CUUAAGGGGAAUAUUUCUGGACUUUUCGAAUGUGAGCUAAUGAACGAUUUGGCAAGCUACGACCACUUCCGGUUAAAGGUGGUACCGUCAGUUAAAAGCCAUACAGUCAUGCAGAGUUUGUUGGGGAUUGGGGAACUUGUGGGUCGAUAAUCUUCAGAAAGAAAACACGACAAACAGCCGGAAAAUCCCUCUUCACUGCCGUGUGACCAGAGGGCGUGGCUUGAGAUUGACGUGUAGGCUGAAUCCUUCCGUGUCUGACAUCUUCUGGACUCUGUUGUGCAGGACAGUUUUCCUCCACUAAAGGAGAUUGUUGUCCUCACUGAUCAACAAGUGCCCAGUCUCUCUCCUAUCUGCUCAGUGUGACGCACUCUGCACAGACACACUCCCAUCACUGUCUCCGCAGUAGCUGCUUUGACGGUGUAAACUGAUACCAGGAACCAUGGUGAACUGUCGCUGUGGGCUGCUGACUUUAAAACAAGAACCAGUUCCUCUGAAGAGCGUGGAGGUGGAGGUGGAGGUUCGAGACCAUGUGGCUACAGUGGUCUCCACUCUGAACUAUGAGAACCAAGAGGACAAUCCACUAGAGGCUGUUUUUGUUUUCCCUCUGCCUGGAGAUGCUGCUGUCUGUCAUUUCAGCGCUAAGAUUGGACAAACAGAGAUUGUAGCUGAGGUGAAGGAGAAGCAGAAGGCUCGUGAGGAGUAUGAUGAUGCUUUGAGCUCCGGCCAGCAAGCCUUUCUACUGGAGGAGAGUGAGCAGAGUCCAGAUAUAUUCUCUCUGAGUGUUGGCUGUCUUCCUCCAAAAGAGAGUGCCUCAAUCAGACUGGAGUAUGUCACUGAGCUAGCUGUUCAGGCUGACGAUGGGCUGAGGUUUUGUCUUCCUGCUGUGCUCAACCCACGCUACCAACCUCAAGGAAGUGGCGAUCAAGGAGGCAGCAACAUCCAAAUGACGUCGAUUCCAGCCUCUAAGGUGCCCUACAGUCUGUCUUUCUGUGCCCGCGUGUCGUCUCCUCGUCCCGUGGUCAAAAUCGAGUCCAACUGUUCCCUCGAUCCUCUUCAGUAUCUGAACACAGAGCAAACCCAAGCCACGACCAAGCUGGCUGCUGGACACAAGUUUGACAGAGAUGUUGAAGUGCUGAUUUAUUACAAAGAUGCCCACCAGCCCACUGCUGUGGUGGAGGCUGGAGAGGCCUCUGCCAAACCUGGCACUCUGAUGGGUGAUCCAGCUGUGAUGCUGAGUCUGUAUCCUGAGUUUCCCCAGUCUGUGAUGUCUUCAGUCGCUUCAUGUGGAGAGUUUGUGUGCCUGCUGGAUCGAUCUGGGAGUAUGGGUGUGCAACUGAACAACAGCGAGAAUCAUCAGAGUCGCAUUGGCAGUGCCAGGGAUACUCUCCUCCUCCUGUUGAAGAGCUUACCGUUGGGCUGCUAUUUCAACAUUUAUAGUUUUGGGUCUAGCUAUGAACACAUCUUCCCGAAGAGUGUGGAGUACAGCCAAAAGACCAUGGAGGAAGCUCUGAAGAAAGUUGGAGAGAUGGAGGCUAAUCUGGCAGGAACGGAGAUCCUUCGGCCACUUCAACAUAUUUACAGCCAGCCCUGCAUUCAGAAUCAACCAAGACAACUCUUUGUCUUCACCGAUGGAGAAGUGGGAAACACCAAAGAAGUCAUCGAUCUGGUGAAGAAAAAUUCACAUCUGCACAGAUGUUUCUCUUUUGGGAUUGGGGAAGGAGCCAGCUCUGCUCUCAUCAAUGGGCUGGCCAAGGAAGGAGGAGGUCAUGCUCAGUUCAUCACAGGCACCGACAGGAUGCAACCCAAAGUGAUGCAGUCACUGCGAUAUGCUCUGCAGCCGGCCGUGAUCGACGUCUCAGUCUCCUGGGAUCUGCCGAAGGACAUGUCUGUCUCUGUCCUCUCUCCACCAAUCACAGCACUUUUUCAGGGUCAGAGGUCGCUGGUUUACGCCCAGCUCAGUGGACAGAUUCCAGAGGCAGCAGAGGGCUCUGUGACAGUGAAGUACACGCUGGCUGGUCAGCCCUCACAGAACCAGUUUAACUUCAGCCUGAGACCUGCAGAGGAUUCUGGACUAACAGUCCACAGACUGGCUGCUCGGGCUCUGAUUCGCUCCCUGGAGAUGGAAAACCGAGAGUCCAAAGACCAGCAGGAUGAAAGUGUGAAGAAGAAGGUGGUGGAGCUGAGCGUACAGUCAGGAGUGAGCAGUGCCUUCACUGCCUUUGUCGCUGUCAACAAAGGUGACGGUGAGGCAAUACAAGGACCUCUGGUUCAGAGAAAUGUGCCAACAGCCAAGAUGCUCUUUGCAGUAACUCAGUCUCUCCAAAUAGCAUAUAAUUCUUUCAGUGCAGCAGCUCCUAAAGGUGGCAGAAGUUUCUUCUUGAAAGGCAUGUUUUCGACAAAAUCUAGAAAAAAACGGAGUGUAGAGCGUAGUCAAGUCUCCACAACAAAGAAAAGUGAGAAAUCUGGAGUGGCCUACACUGAACAAUGUCUCUCUUUUGAUUCAGAAGACAUGUGUGAGUCCACUGGGCUUAGACAGAGGGACCCUCUGCUCCAGCUGGUCUCCCUCCAGAAGGCAUCCGGCUGCUGGGACCUGGCUCCAGAUCUUGCUGCUGCAGUGGGCAAAACCAGUGAAGAGGUGGAGAAGCAAAAGCCUGCAUCGGUGAGCCAGGAAGUAUGGGCCACCAUUCUGUCUCUGAUCUGGCUUCAUGGUUUCAAGAUGGACUCUAAGGACGAGUGGGAGCUUCUGGCCAUGAAGGCGGUGUCAUGGCUUCGGGCACAGAAUGUAUCAUGUGUGGAAGAGUGCGUGGAUGCUGGAAAUGCACUGUUGGGCUGUAAAGUGCAGAAAGAUGUUUUGGGUCUUUGAGGGUUUUACUGCUGACUUAUUCUUUAAUGGGAUUGUGUUUGCACCAGUAAGUGCUGUGAACCAUAAACAUGAACUUACUUUAAAGGGAGCUGCUGCUGGUCCUUCAUGGUUUUGCUAUUGGCCUCUGCGAUAAAUAAAGUUGUCUGAAUCUGAAUUGUUUUGUUCUGUUUGCACUCCUUCCUGGGAAAUCAGACUUCAGUUUUACAACCUGAGACUUGCACAGGAACCAACGUAAAACAAAGGCUGAUUAUCAACCUAGCCUGAGUAUUUAAUACAGUGGAACAACACAUGAGCUCAUUAAUGAGAUAUUAGCUCUAUUUACUUUACUGUGGAUAAUUUGUUAUAAGAGGGAUAUAAAAGGACAGCACUUCAGCUUGUUUGUCUUCUAUGUGAGUUUAAUGUGCUUCAUCUAUGUAUUUUUUUCAUUUACAUUAAGAAAUUAAAACUAAAUAUUAUAAAAGAAGUUAACAUGUGAAAUAAUUUUUUCAAAGUGCCUGUUUUUAGAGGAACCUGUUCUGAGUUUAAGGAAGCAUGUGGGAUUAUUGUGCAAAACCUCAGAAUUUACUGUAAAGCUGCAGGUGAGGUCAGAAAAAUGUUUCCUGUUGAACUUAUAACUAGGUCAUCUCUCUGCUGAUGCAUGUCUAAAAUGAGUUUACUGCUCUGUACAAACUGGAAUGAGUAAAUGUUCUUAACCACAACAACAUUUAGGACAUCUGCUGACUUACCUGCUGCAUGGACAACAGAGCUGGAGGGGCCUGAGAAAAAAAUGUUCUCCUACUGUAUGAAACUAAAAUAAAAAUGAGGCUUUACCAGAGAAAGUGAUAAUCAUAACCAGAAUUGUAUGACACAUCCCUACAUCUGUGUCAGACAUGGUAGUUUACAUUUUAGAUGUGCUCACUGGCUGCAAAACCUUAAUCUUUUGUCAUUAUUUGAAGAAUAUUUAAAAAUAAGUUGCUUGGGAUCUUUCUCUGAACUAUUUAUGGUACCCAGAAAGGUACCUAAAGACUAUUGGGGUGAUGUUUCAUAACUGACAUUUCCAUGUGUGAUUUCUGUUCUGUC